GCUUUAUAAGCACAGUUUGCUUUGUGCAUCCUUCUGCUGCAGCUCCACUUUACUGAGAGGAAAAAGAAAGAGUGAGAGAAAGCGUAAAGGACAGCAAGACAGCAAGAGAGGACGUGGCCAUGCAUUUCCACUCUGCCUGUGGAUUUGCCUUGGUGGUACAGCUUUACCUGCUGCCUCAUGCCCAAGCAGGGGCAUACUAUGGACACCAGCAGGUGGCCCAGCAAAACCAUCCACUCCCGCAGUUACCUCACAUGCCACUGGGCAAGGAAGGGAUACCCCAGCAGCAGUACUUAGGGAAGGAGUUGCCUCAUCUGCCAUAUGGAAACGAUAUGCCCAUGCUGCCUUACUAUGGAAAUGAACAGCCACAGAUGCCCUUUCCUUUGGCAAACCCCAAUCUAGGCAAAGGUGAAAGCAUUCUCCGAGGUCAGAAAGGUCCAUCAGGUGAAAAUAUUCUCCGAGGUCAGAAAGGUCCUUCAGGUGAAAAUAUUCCCAGGGGCCAGAAAGGUCCUUCAGGUGAGGUUGGCCCUAUGGGACCUCGAGGACCUCAGGGGCCUCCUGGACCUCCAGGUCAGGGAAUUACAGGACCUCCUGGAAAACCAGGUCAACCUGGCCCUCAGGGAUACCCUGGGAUUGGAAAACCCGGUAUGCCAGGACUGCCAGGAAAACCUGGAGGAAUUGGAUUGCCAGGGCCAAAGGGUGACAUGGGACCAGGUGGUGGUGUAGGACCAGUAGGGUUGCCAGGACCUCCAGGUCUUCCAGGCCCACAUGGGCUACCAGGUCUGUCAAAACCAGGCGCACAAGGAUUACCUGGGCAGCCUGGGUUUCGUGGUGAGCCGGGACAAAAGGGCGCUCCAGGGAUUCCCGGGCUUCCAGGACCUAAAGGUGAUUUUGGACUUGGCCUUCCGGGAUUACCAGGGGUAAAAGGACCACCUGGCCCUCCGGGGGUACCAGGUCCAGGAGGACCACAAGGAGUUGGAAAGCCAGGUCUAAAUGGACUACCUGGGGCCCCCGGAGGCCCUGGUAAACCUGGUCUCCCUGGAGAGCAAGGGUUAGCAGGAUUUCCUGGUGAAGAGGGACAACCAGGGCCUCCAGGCCUACCAGGUAUUGGCAAACCUGGUUUGGAUGGUUUUCCAGGGCCACCCGGUCUUCCAGGUGGAAAGGGUGAGCCAGGUCCACCCGGUUUUCCAGGUGGUCCAGGUUUACCUGGAAUUGGUAAACCUGGAUACCCUGGACCAAAAGGUGACAAAGGACAUGGUGGCUUACCUGGGGCUCCAGGUCCAAAAGGUGAGAAAGGUCAUGGUGGAUUUCCUGGAAUAAUUGGCCCACCUGGACCAGGUGGUCUUCCUGGUACACCAGGUCUCAUGGGGCCCCCGGGUGGCAUUGGCUUCCCUGGCCCAAAAGGAGAGGUUGGUGAAGUUGGGCCAAAAGGACCAGUAGGUCCCACAGGUGAACCAGGACCCCCAGGACUCCCAGGAAAAUCAGGGUUCCCAGGAGAAGGUGGGCAACCAGGACCUAGAGGCUUACCUGGACCUUUGGGUCCUCAAGGUGAAAAUGGACACAAAGGUUUACCUGGUCUCCCCGGGGCUCCUGGCAAGCCUGGACCAAAGGGGGAAGGUGGUAUACCAGGAGAGAAAGGCAGUCAAGGUCCAAUUGGAAUCCCAGGAUUAAUGGGGCCAAGUGGAUCAAUUGGGCCUCCUGGACUUCCUGGACCAAAGGGAGAAUAUGGACCACCAGGAAAGCCUGGACCACCAGGUGAAGGAAAGCCUGGUUUUCCAGGCCCAGUGGGUCCACCGGGGAAACCGGGUCCUGGUGGACUUCCUGGUAAACCUGGAAUACCUGGCCUUCCUGGUCCUCCUGGUCCACCUGGGCCUCCGUCUGGCGAAGGUGCUGUUCUUCCUGAGCUAGGUCCAGGACUUGAUGGGGCCAAACAAGGAGCCUAUGCGAAAAUCAAGCCUGGAGAUUUUAUUGGAAGGAAUGGUCUUGAGAUGCCUGCCUUUACUGCUCAGCUAACAACACCAUUUCCACCUGUUGGCACACCAGUAGUCUUCAACAAGAUCUUGUACAAUGGCAACCAGAAUUACAACCCCCAAACCGGCAUUUUCUCCUGCAGUAUACCAGGAAUUUAUUAUUUUGCAUACCACGUCCACUGCAAAGGGGCCAAUGUCUGGGUGGCUCUGCAAAAGAACAAUGAGCCAGUCAUGUACACAUACGAUGAGUGCAAAAAAGGUUUUCUGGAUCAAGCAUCAGGAAGUGCAGUACUGCCUCUACAGUCUGGAGACUCUGUUCAUGUUCAGUUACCAUCAGAUCAAGCUCCUGGACUUUAUGCUGGUCAAUACGUCCAUUCGUCAUUCUCUGGAUAUUUAUUAUACCCGAUGUAAUGUGUCCGAUUUAAAAAGUCCCUCACAAGUCAGUCGUGGAAAUAUAAAAUGUACAUGCUUGCUAUCAAAACUGAUGAGUGGGAAUUAAAAGCACAGAAAUUCGCUGAUCUAAACAUCACUGUUCUUUGGAAGUGAAGAUUGUCGGAAUUUAUAGAGCGGCAGAACAAGUGGCAAUAAAGACAAAGCCGUUAAAACUGAAUCUGAAUAUAUUUAGGGGUUUUGGGGUUUGGAGUUGUGUUUCGCCCAUACAGUUUACAUAUAGGCCACAUUUACAUAUCAAUACAAUAACUAUUCAAAUAGCAAGAACACACUUCUCCACAUAUUACCUGCCAGUAUUUAUAUAAUACAGGGAUAAUAUCGGCUAAUUACAUACAUAGCGUAUUUCAGUUUUUACUUCUUCCAUAUGCGUUCGUUACAAUAAUCAACACAUAAACUCAUUGUACUCUCACUCUUUGUAUGGUGCAACAUAUUUGUUAUGGUAUAUUUUGCUUUCCCAGUUAUCACAUCACAUUACAGUAGCUUUAGAUUCGCUAUCAUCUGUGAAUCAGAAUUUAACAUUGAAGAAACAAGGUCAGUUUUGUUUAUUGAUACAACCUGGGGGAUACUUAUGAAAUAUGUAUAUGUGUACAUAUAUAUUUCCUGUUGUUUUCUUUUCUUUUCUUUUCUUUUUUCUUUUCUUUUUUCAACAGGAUCAACGUAGCGUCGUUCCGUUACAUGUUUGUACGUCACAUCUUAGCGGAGUUAGACGCCGAAAAGAUUUCUGUGGAGGUUCUUUUUCUCUGUAAUUUAUUUUUGAAUUUUAUUUGAUUUUAUUUUACUACUGAGUGCUUGAAUUUGUAAAUGUGCAGAAAAGACGUUGGAACAUAAAAAGAAAAGAAAAAUAACGGAUACUGUUUUGUCGUUUUCAGACUGGUGCUAAACAUUUAAUUGAAUGAGGAACAAUGAAGUUUAUUGUGUCAGUUUUUUUUUUUUUAAA